CAGGAAAAUAUUUCUAAACCGAUGUUUGACAUAAGGGCAACUAAACAAAGCGUGUAGUUUCCUGGCGAAUUGCCAAUAGAGGUAAUGUACUGCCCGGUUCAUGAGACUAAAAACAGGGUAUUCAAAUGACGGAGUGUUUAGAUGAAGCAUGUCCGUUCCUCUGACUUAAACAGACCUGAGAAUCAGCCUUCUCACACUUAGACAUUCACAAAAUAAACCAAAACCAUGGCUUUACUACUGACAGUCAUCACUGGAGUGUUACUUGGACUUUUUGUUGUUCCAGCCGCGGUAGAAACAAACGAACAAUACAGUGAAAUCAUUUCAGUGCCUUCGCAAAUGUAUCAAACAAAACUUAGUUGCAAACCAUGUGUUUGCAACAUAACAAAAGAUCUGCGAAUUAUCGCAAACUGCACGGCAAGAAACCUCACGUCAGUUCCAAACAUAUCCAGUGUGAUCGAUGUGUUGCUCAUGGAUUCCAACCAGUUAGUCAACCUUACGUCUGGCUGCUUCUCCAAAUAUCUUAAUCUCGCAGAGCUGAACUUGGCUUUCAAUAUGAUUACGACAAUAGAAAUAGGAUCUUUUCAAAACUUGCGCCAUUUGCAAAUUUUGAAUUUAACAGGAAACAAGUUAAAAUAUACCGAAACUAUUUACAAAAGCAAAAUUUUCAAGCCACUACAGAACUUGAAGAUGUUAACUUUGAAUAAUAAUAACAAAUUCACAAAGUCAAACGAAAGUCUUACUUAUCCAGACAAGGCUAUAUCUGAUCUUGCAUCGCUAAAACAACUCUAUGUGGAUGGACUAACUAACCAAAGUUUUGGAAAAGGAUUUUCAAAUUUGUCCUCUCUUACACAUCUUAGUCUGACUGGUCAAGAUGGACAAUGUUCUUUGCAAUUUUUGUUUAAUACUACUUUUAUUAACGUGAAGAACAUUCGACGACUGAGUCUGUCACACUGCGAUGUUAGAUACAUUGAGCCCACUACAUUCUCCCCCUUGAAAUCCUCCCUGGACGUCCUCGAUCUUUCCUACAAUAGGAAUUUGAGGUUUGACAACUUUGGCAUUGCUUCGUUUGGCCUACAGAAUUCUACUCUUCGUGUUCUAAAUAUUAGUGGUAUUGUUGGGAAAUACGACAGGUGUGUUGAUAUUACUGUGAAGAAUGUACAGUUUUUCUCCCAUACACAAGUACAAGAACUAUAUGCAGACGACAACAUGAUAGAAUUCAUUGAAAAGGGUGUUUUGGAACGUCUUCCCCAAACCUUGCAGAAAGUCUCAUUGAAAAAUAGUAGAUUUAUUAUUGGCGCGUACAUUUUUGAGUUUAAGUCUUUAACAGGAUUGAAGGAAAUAAGUCUUGGUGGAGUUACGAAAGCAAGUAAUUUACCUUCACCGGAACCACCCUCGUUAGUAGAUCUUGCUGUUUCGGCUUAUCUUGAAGAGAACGCUUUGUCUUAUGGCUUGCAUUCAAAGCCUGCUCUUGCCACAAGCAGCGAGGACACAUGUCAGCAGACAGUAAAUAGCAGACAUACACAAAAUUACUCUAACAGUACUAAUAUAUGCAAGUUGUCAUUAUGCCUUCCUCCAAAUUUGAAAAUACUCAGGUACACAUAUUCACAAUUAUGGUACAACGUAUCUACAGUAAUGGUAGCAGACAACAACUUAACCCACCUUGAUCUGUCCUACAAUUUCCUUUCAUUGUUGUAUGGUCCGGUUCUAGGGUUUGAAAAUAUUACUUACUUGAAUUUGUCACAUAAUUUUGUUUAUGCUGCUUACCCAAGUUUCUUUGAAAACUUUAAAUCAUUAGAAAUCUUAGAUAUGUCAUAUAAUUUGCUACGUAAUCAAAUAUCAGAAGACAAAAAUGGAAUGUUGUUUGGAAAACUAAUAUCGCUAAAAGUAUUAAAAUUGAACAAUAACAAUAUCAACAAGUUACAUAAAAAUGUGUUUCAAGCACUUCGAAAUUUGGAGAUGCUGGAGAUGUCACGAAAUGGUUUAUUUAAAGUGCAUUUACAUGUAAAACAUAUGACAAAUCUCCACCUGAUUAAUAUGUCACACAAUAUGAUACGAUCGCUGCAGGGGCCGAUCAUGUCAGAACUGGACACUUUAGCACAACUCCCAAAUAAUUCGGUUGGCAUAGAUUUAAGUUUCAAUCCAAUCAGUUGUAACUGCAAAAACUUGCAUUAUUUAAAAUGGAUGUUAAAUUCAAAGGUAGAACAAAUGAAUGUAGAACAUUAUAUUUGCCUUAAUUAUAUUGGAGCAGUAGUGCCUUUAUCAGAUAUUCGUGCUACUGUUGAGAUGUUAGAAGAUAGCUGUAUAAAUUAUUUUGGUUUGGCAUUGGGAAGUGUAUUCGCUGUACUCCUGUUGCUAUGUAUCUUUCUUGGUGGCAUCAUGUACAGAUAUCGCUGGAAACUGAGGUACUGGUAUUACGGUGCCAGAUAUUACUUCAAACGUCAGCAGGCCAAUGCUGAAAACGGACAGAUGCAUUUUGAGUUUGAUGCUUUUAUUUCGUAUGCUGAUGAAGACAGGGCAUUUGUUUUUAAGGAGAUGAUGGUAAUGGUGGAAUCAAGGGCAGGAAAGAAACUGAUCAUUCACCAGAGAGAUUUUGUUCCUGGGCAGCCAAUAGUAUCGAACAUCUUAGAGUCUGUUAAGAAGAGCAGAAAGACUGUCCUUGUUUUAUCGAGAGACUUCCUGAAAAGUUAUUGGUGUGAGUAUGAAAUGCAGAUGGCUGUUUAUGAGUCUGCCCACACUGGCAGAGAUGUUCUACUUGUUCUCAUGCUGGGGAACAUUCCUUGUGAGGUACUUCCAAAGGAAAUACUACAUUUGAUUCAGUCAGAUUCGUAUCUUGAGUAUCAGGCUGACGAAAAUAAUGAUCUCUUUUGGCAGCGAUUUGUUGAUGCUAUAGAAAGAAUCUAGAAGACUGUAUAACGUUGAAAUUAAUUCAGUAUAAUUGUAAUAUACAUUUGUUGAUACGACGCCCAGCAUUAAUAACAUACUGGCUACUGGGCAUAAAACAGAGUUACGUGGCAGUAUAACGACUCAGUGGGUAGGUAUAAGACAACUACACCAUCUUCUCUCUCACUAACCACUAACCACUAAUAAACUAAUAACUAACCCAUUGUCCUGAACAGACAACUCAAAUAACUGAGGUGUGU